GCGGAGAGGUGCUUUGGGGACCGAGCGGGACAGGGGCGUCCCACUGCCCGAUCCCACCCCGGCGCUUUGCAUAAAUAAAUAAAUCAUGCAGCAAGGGAGAGGUGGAGAGAGAGGGCGAGCAGAGGAGGUUACUUUGGGAAGCCGCGCAGCUCGCUCAUCCCAGCCCCGUAGUUCGAAGGGAGUGUGUCAUGUUACAGGGGAGCCACGAUCAGCCAGAGCACAACGUCGCCAGAGCAGCUGAGAAUUACCUCUCUCUAAUGGGGACUUUCAUGUGCAAGCUCCUGGCCAGUUUGCGAAGGAACUGAAACGGGCAGCUUAGAAGGAAUCAAAAACCCCCCAGCGAACCAAAAGACAGAAACACAGGAGGAAAAACAAAAAUCUUGAUCAGAUUAUUUUUCCCCCUCGCACUCUUUGCUGCAGUUGGAUCUCUUUUUUUCUGCACCUCUUUUAUGACAGGGAGGGAAUGUUGGAGGAGAAGAGCUGGAAAGGCGUCGACGAAGCAGCUUUUGACAGGGGGUGUGUGACUCCCCCCAGGACCGGCGAUGGGGAGAGAUGCUGCCGCCUCCCUCUCCUGCUGGGCUCGGGGCUGCCCGGCGUCUCCCUGCUUUCUCUGGUGCUGAGCCUCCUGCUGUACUUUCGGACCUCCGAUCUGCAGUCCCGGGUGUCCCACUUGGAAGCGGACAGACCCACACAGCUCCCUGCCUGGCUCUCAGCAGACCAAAUGGAGACGGCUAUUUUGGGAAGAGUUGACCAACUGCUUGAUGAGAAAUUGAAGUUUCACUUGCCGAGACAUCGAGAAGUUCGAGACACACACCAGCGAUGCAACUGCCCGGCAGGUCCGCCUGGAGACAAAGGUGCGAUGGGAAUCCCUGGGCGGCCGGGACUAAAAGGGCAAUCUGGAGAGAAGGGUGCUCCAGGAGAAGCCGGCAUGUCUAUCAUCGGGCCCCGCGGUCCGCCUGGACAGCCUGGAACAAGAGGUUUUCCUGGAUUCCCGGGCCCUAUUGGCUUGGACGGCAAACCGGGUCAUCCUGGACAGAAGGGAGAGACGGGUGCUGCAGGUCCCAGGGGACAACCUGGACCCCCAGGACAAAAAGGAGAAAAGGGUCAGUGUGCAGAGUACCCGCACAGGCUGUUGCCUCUCCUCAAUUCAGUGCGGCUGGCUCCACCUCCGGUCAUAAAGAGACGCACUUUCCAGGGUGAACAAGGACAAGCAGGGAUUCAAGGUCCCCCGGGGCCCCCUGGACCACCAGGGCCCACUGGACCGGCUGGACCUGAAGGAACCCCAGGACGUCCUGGGCCAGUUGGACCCCCUGGCAGAGCGGGAGAACCUGGGAAGCCUGGCAGAGACGGAAAGGGCUUACCUGGGCCUCCUGGACCAAAGGGAGAGGCUGGGAUUCAGGGAUACCCUGGCAGAAAGGGUGAGGUGGGCGAGUCAGGCCUGCCCGGUGCCCGUGGCCUCCCUGGAGCCUCUGGCCCCAAGGGUGAAAAAGGGGACGCUGGCAUAAAGGGGGAGAGAGGCAUGCCAGGGCUGCCAGGAAGACAUGGCUCUAAGGGCGCUCCUGGGAUGGCCGCUGCAGGGAUGAAGGGCGAGCCUGGGACUCCAGGAGAAAAGGGAGAUCCUGGAGUCCCAGGGAGGAUGGGCCCCCCAGGUUUGCCAGGGAAGAGGGGGCAGCGGGGCGAGAAGGGACGAGCUGGUGACCCUGGGCUUCCUGGACUCCCUGGGCCGAAGGGAGAGAAGGGAAUUGCUGAGAAUGCCUUGGUGGGAGCUAAAGGAGAACCUGGCCCUCCAGGUCUGCCUGGACCCCCUGGACCAAAGGGAGAAGCUGGUGACGUUGGCCGGCCCGGUGCUGUAGGGUCACAGGGAGAAAAGGGGGAACGUGGUUCACCAGGAGACCAGGGACCCAUGGGCCCAAGGGGCCCCAAAGGAGAGCCUGGGAAGGAUGAAAUGAUGGACUAUGAUGGGAACAUCAGUGAAGCUCUCCAGGAAAUAAGAACUUUGGCCUUGAUGGGACCCCCAGGACUUCCAGGUGUGGCUGGACCUCCAGGGCCACCAGGACAGAAGGGUGAAAUUGGCUUGCCAGGUCCUCCAGGCCAUGAUGGAGAAAAGGGACCACGUGGCAAGCCUGGAGAAAUGGGCCCCCCUGGCCCUCACGGACUGCCAGGAAAGGAUGGACCCCCUGGAAUAAAGGGAGAGCCAGGCCAUGUCGGGGGCAGAGGAGAGAAGGGCGAUAAGGGAGAGCCAGGACAAACGGGCUCACCGGGUCUAGAUGGCCCCACUGGAGAGAAAGGCGAACGAGGUGACCAAGGGAUUCCAGGACCAUCAGGAUUGCCAGGUCCCAUUGGACUUCCAGGAUUGACAGGAGAGAAGGGUGAGCCUGGGGAACAUGGAGACAAAGGAAAUCCAGGAGAAUCGAUAUCUGGCCCCCCCGGACCCCAAGGUCCUCCUGGACCUCCAGGUCUUCAGGGCCUCCCAGGACCUAAGGGGGAAGCAGGGAUUGAUGGAGUGAAAGGAGAGAAGGGUGCCCAGGGUGAAAAAGGAGACAGAGGGCCACUGGGAUUACCCGGUGCUUCAGGUUUAGACGGCAGGCCUGGACCACCGGGUACUCCAGGACCAAUUGGGGUUUCAGGACCAGCAGGACCAAAAGGAGAAAGGGGCAGUAAAGGAGAUCCUGGAGUUACAGGACCAAUGGGGCCAGCAGGGCUUCCUGGUUUACAAGGUCUGCCUGGUGACAAAGGAAUCCGGGGGGAGAGGGGCAAGAAAGGCUCUAGAGGGUCUAAAGGGGAUAAGGGAGACCAAGGAGCGCCUGGAUUAGAUGCACCCUGUCCGUUGGGGGAAGAUGGGCUUCCAGUUCAGGGCUGCUGGAAUAAGGGUCAAACUCCUUGGCUGAUAGCCAGAAAGUGAGUCUGAGGGUGGAGAAGCUUGAGAAAUGGCAGCAGAGUGAAAGGAGAAGGAGGACCUUCCUGAAGAUUUGCUGGAGAUGUUUUGCAAGUUGCCUCCCUGGAGCCUGGGAAGAGUUGUUGAGCUGCGCACCAGGAAUGUGCCUGCUUGAGGCUGCGGGAGCUCGGCAUGCCAGCGCUUUCUGCUUUGCUCUCUCUUCUCCCAGAGGCCAGAGGCAGGGGUCGAAAAUGACACCAUUUGUAUUCUUUUCCUUUGGUCAUUUUCGCUUCAUUCGACUUUUGUGGUCAGACUCUUCAGAUGAAGAAUUAAGCUCGUUUUCCAGCAGCGGCUGCAUAAAUGAGUGCAAGACAUAGACAAUAUUUCGGGGGAGGGGGGGAGGGGGGGAAUCCUUUGAUCUGAGAGAAAUCUUUCUUGAACGAUUCUCUUUAGGAGAAGCAGAGAACCCCCCGUGUUCAGCUCAGAGUGCUGCUCAGAGAGGACACGAUCACACUUUUUGCUUUCGUUUCUGGUUACCAGGUGACAGACUUCCACCUGUAUCACUGAUGAUUCCAUCUUUAACCUUUUCAUCACAAACUUUCUUCUCCUGUGAAAUUAUAAGGAAAUGACAUUGUUUUUUGAGUAUUUUUUUUAACUGCUCUGGAUUUUGAAGGCAUGAACUAUGUGUUCAAAGGAGGCAAAUGUGGAGUGUGGAAAAAGUCUGGUUUCACUGACUAAUUCCUUUGCUUCCUGUACUUGUGCUUUGGUCUCCACUGCACACACUGGAUGUACUUUGCCUGGAGCCCUCCAGAAAUGUUUUCUGCUGGCCCAUUAAGGCCCUUUUGUGGGUAUCUCUCCGCAGACGUACUUCCAGAUGGAAAAUAAGGAUCACAGAGGUUCAAUUCCACUGUUACAUGUUUUAAUACAUUCACUGAAGGGAAAUAAAGAUUUGGCAAAGUACUGAGGGCUUCGGAGGAUGUUUCCCAGCUGCCUGAAGGGCAGAAUAUACAAUCCUGGAUACCUCCUACCAACUGCAAACCUGGCAUGCCUUCCUCAGCCCCUGCUGCUGAAGAUUAAAUUCUGUUCACAUGUAAGCUCUAGUGUCUUGCCUCCACAGCUCUUGCAAUUUAUUAAAAAACCCCAAACCUAAAAUAAAUAAUUAAGUAUGUAUCUUAUGAACAUGACUCAUAACAUUGCUACUUCCCUGAGUGCAUUGGGAAUCCCGUUUGCCCAAGCACUAAAACACACAUUUAACUUUGAGCCCGUGAUUCCCGCUGGCCUAAAUGAUGCCAUUUGCAUACUGAAGUACUCUGGUGAGCCAGGGCCAUUGUUAUUAGAGCUAAUGAAUGAUGUUAUCUGAGUCAUUAGGCAGAAUUAAACGAUAAGCAAUUCAUGUUGCAGUUCAGAAAGAAAGAGCUGAUUUCAAGCUCAAAGGGAUGUAUUUAAACCAGAGCAAUCCCAGAUUCGAACGUCCUUUGUUAGCACUGGAGUCAUCCUGACCUUCUGAUAAGGACACCUGUACCUGACACCCACCUCCUCCUGCCAACGCACAGGAAGUCUACUGUUAAAAUAAUUCCAGGUUUACAAAGAUUGGGGGGGGAAGUCCUACUUUCAGUUUCAUCUGAAGAAUUGCAGGGUUUUUUCUUAAGGCUUCUAACGGAUGUAUUCAGUGCAUAGAGUAACAGGGGAAGAAAUUGUUUCAGUUAGGAACCAGACUGGUGGAAAGGUUAAUUUAUUUUAUUUGUAUUUUUUUUAUUUUUACUUUUUCUGGGGGGGAGGGGGUUGGAGGGAGAACCUGACCAGAACUGCAGGCGGUAGGUGUGCUUUUUUUCCUUCUUUUUUAUUGAAAACAUUUAUAUAUAUAAUUUGAUAAUGUUACUUUUACUGUUCUUUUUAUUAAUGAUUUUUUGGGGCAAUUUGUUUGCUCUGUUGUGUUUUCUUCUAGGUAUAUUUUUAAUGGGCUUUUAGAAUAAGUGUGUAAAAGUUCCUCACCGAAAACGUCCUAAGGACAUUUCUAUCGUCUUUUUUUUUCUCCCUAAGUUCAGUAGUAAAAUGGUGCUUUCCACAGGCAAAACAGUUUUCAGUGGGGGUAAACAUAUUCCCACAGGCCACACCGAGGGACCAGGUACCAGUGACCUCUCCCAGACAAAACAGCUCUCUCCACACUCUCCAUUUACAUUUACAAAGAUGAAAAGGGCUAUGUGAGGGACCAGCCGACUGGAAAUGGUCCCUUCCCACCUCGGGGGUCUGUCGGGAAGCAGCUGGUCUAGCAAGAGCCGCUGUGUCCCCUUCAGCUGCAUUCUACAGCCGGGCUAGAAAGCUCGUUAAAAUUAAAUUAAAAAGUCAUGUUUAUUUGAAGAUGGCAAGUUCUUGGAGGGUACCUGCUAUGGUAUUGCUGUCUCUUGUUAUUGUUUUCCCUCCUCGGAAUCCAGCAACACACUCAGGCUCCAGCUUAGCUUUAGGCUGUGCUUCACCCUGAGUCUAUCUGCAAAUGCUUUGCUGGAUGAGGGUCUCCCCUUCUUUUCCAUAUUUUUUUGUGGGUUUUUUUCCCCCUUCUCUUGUUUGUGUCCCUAUUGCUUCCAGAUGUUUUUGUCCUGGACAAAGUAGUUUCCUCCCUCCUACAUUUUCAGAAAAUCUCUGUUGGUCGCAUUUUGAUCAUUUUCCACUCACUGUUAUUAUCAAUCCUUCUGCCCUCCGUGUAGGCCUGCUUUGUUAAACAUUUUGAUCUGAUGGGAACGUCAUGGCAAAACAUGAAUUAAGAUUGUAGAUGUUUGUUGAUAUUUUUUAGAGUUGACUGUAAAGCUUCUACCGUUUAAAACACACGGCAGCAAAACCAGUGUAGCUCUGUAGCUUUCUUAUGAUCUCUGGUUUUUUUUUUGAACAGACUCAUUCUGAGUCCGAAUCUUGCAAAUUUUUUUUUUCACGAAAAACCUGCUAAACUUCUGUUUUUCCUGCAAAACGUGAGUUUGUUGAACUGCUGUUGCAAGGUUUAGUAGGUUAGACAUUGAUGACAGGUAUGAGAGGACUGGUUGUGGAGCCUGUGGAGUGCAACUUACACGCUUGCUUUCCAUUGUACGCUGUUUGUUGGUCUGUUGUCUCUGGUGGGGGUUUGCUGGGAGUGUGAAAUUCCAUUUUGUGAUAAUUCCAUUGGGGUUUUUUUCCCACAUUUGUGUUUCAAAGUGUUGCUUCAGUAAAUCUUCCCUUUUGCUCUCCUGCAAAGAUUUGCAUUUACCCUGAUGUUGCACCCCGCCAGCAGUGCCACAGACCGAGCAGUUUCACCCGUGUUUUGAGCCUUCCAAAGGAAGUGUGUCAUCUCCCUUAACUCCACAGCCUUUUCUGCAGCGGGAUGAUGUCCAUGAAAAGGAGAGAGGCAGCAAGACUGUGCAGGCCACCAUAAGGAGACUCCUUUUCUGAGCCUGGUCCCUCACCAUUCACUCAUGACCUGCCCCAUUACCACUCCCUUCGCUGUGUUAUUGUUCUCCCUCACCAGUCAAAGGCAGAGAAAACAUUGUCAUGGUCAUGUUCAGCCCAGCCCCAGAAGGACUGAGGUGACCCCCUGGAUGCAGGGAGGAGCCAUUCUCAUGGCUCCAGAUGUUGGGCAGUGCAGGGAUGGGAGGGAGUUCCUGAUCCUGGGGGAUGGCCUGCAGAUGUCACGGGCUCUCCCGCUGGCAGUGCCCGAGUUCCAGGCCACACUCCCACUGCGUGUGUGGAGGUAUUGCUCCUGAUGCCCUGGCUUGCAGGAGUGUCCCCCAUCCAGGGCAGUUCGUUUCACCAAGAAGUCAAGUUGUUGACCCUUGACAGGGUCCUCAGAGCGACAGAAAACCCCUCCCUGAUUCCGCCUAGAAUGCUUGUGUCACUGGCACUGCUCCUGUUUCUCGUCUGUACAUCAGUUGGACACCAAAUUGACCUAAUCCCUGCAGGAGAAUGAUUUCUGAAGCAACUUUAUGUUGUUACAUAUCUGGUUUCCUUGAAUUUUACAACAGAGAUUUUACUUUUGUUUUCCCUUUGGUGGCAUAGACUGUAGAAUAUUUAUUAUAGCUGUAGUAAAGUGAUGAUUUAUGAGUAGACCUUGACAGGGCAUUGUUUCUGUAUUUCUGUUACAAACACUGAUUAAUUAAGAUGUUUAAAUCUGAAUACACUUUUUACACUUUUUUUUUUGUUGUUUUUACAUUGAUGAACUUUUCAGCCUGUGUAUUGAAUAUCCGGUGUUAUUUGGCAUUCAUUAAUGUGUGUGCUGUGUAUACUUUGUGUUACCAGGAAUUUUUACUGUCAUUGUGCUGUUUCUAAGACAUUGUUUCAACUCCUUUUGACAUAGUUUAGCUAUUUGGAAUUUUUUGGCCUUCCAGACAAUUCUACACUAAGUAAUUGCUAGAAUGAAGAGAACAAAGGGCUGUUCUCUCCCACAAGCUUUUCAACCUCAGCAGGAGCUUCUUCAGCCAAAAUGAGCAUUUGAUUUUCUUCUUUCACUUUUUCCUUGUUAAUAUGACAACAUUCUUUUGUUUUGGUUUUCAAUCCUGGGAAUUCUGAAUUCCAUAUUGGCCAUUUCUAGCAAUAUUUUAGAAAAACAGAGAUAGCUGUGCCAUAAGGAGUUACUGAUCAUAACAGAAUUGAAAUACUGUAAUUAUUUUGGGGUUGUUAGUAGGUAUUUUUUCCACUAUUAAGUUUUUAAGCAAAUCUUUUUACAGUGUGAUAAAAUAUUAAAAAGACACUAAAGGACUAAGCACUCAACAUGAGGAAGGGGAUUCAGGUAAAUGAUUUCCAUCCAUAUGAAUGAAAAAUAGCUUAGGAAUUUUAAUGUCAGAACAAAUGCUGGGCUUCAGUUACCCAUCUCCUGUGUCCAUUAAUUAAUCCAGUGAUUUCAAUGAAACCACACCUGGCCUGGAAACUAAGGGCACACUUACAGGACUCACUGAGUCACUCCUCAGUAGAGUGAUUUAUCAGAUAAAGAAACUAGUGCUGAUGUUGUUCAGAGGUGCUGGUUUAUACUGUGAUAAAAACUGCUCCGCAGAGCUGUAUGUUGCUAUUUUAAAUACCUCAGCCUAGUAAUGACAUCAGGAGAACAAAGAUUCCAGGAGCAAGUUAGUUUGGGGAAUGGACUUUUGGAAAAUCAAAGGAGGGCUAAAAAACAAGAAGGAGGCAACAAAAAAUGUCUCUGGCUGGGUAGUUGUUGUAAUGGUAAACAUAAUAUGUGAAGUGUCAUCCUAUUGUUUUCCAAGAGGAGUCUGAUGAAUUGCCCGUGCCUUCUGUUGAAGCUUUACUCCUUUGUGUCAAUGUUUUAGUGAGGUUUCUGUUUUAAUUUAUAAAUUAAAUACAUACAUACAUAUUCCA